CUACUUCCGGUAGGGUGACCUUGGUUGGACUAUUCGACAUGGCUGCCGUUGUAAGGUUGAGCGUGAUGUGCAGACGUGGUGUUAAAUCACCAUUCAUAUGUAAGUCGAUGGUGGCUGGGCCUCUUGUUGCUUCAAGGAAGAUUCAGGAACCCCAUGUGCUACUAGUAUCUCAGCUUCAUACAUCUCCUACACAUUUUGCUGGUUCAAAAGCUGCUUCUCUGCAUUGGACCAGUGAACGGAUGUUGAGUGUAGUCUUACUUGGCCUUUUUCCUGCUGCCUAUGUCUGUCCGGGAUCUAUCAUGGAUUAUUCACUGGCUGCAGCCCUCACUCUCCAUGGCCACUGGGGCCUUGGGCAAAUAAUUACAGAUUACGUACACGGAGAGGCAAAAGUGAAGCUGGCCAAGAUGGGCCUCCAGAUAAUGUCAGCUGUCACUUUCGCUGGGCUAUGCUACUUCAAUUAUCACGAUGUGGGGAUUUGCAAAGCAGUGGCAAUGCUUUGGAGCCUCUAAUUGAUUUUGGCUUUAUUCUUUCAACUUCUGGGGUUGCUUUAAUUAAAAAAAUUGACAAAUCACAACAGCGAUUUCUUUAGAAAAAUUUCACUAGGGAAGGACAUGUAUUUCAGAAUGUAAUUUUAAACCAUGUUUACACUGAUCGCAGAUGUUGCCUUAUGUUAUUCAGUUGUUCCAUCAGUCUUUGGAAUAUCUUGCACUUGCGCUUUACUUUCAUUUCUCUUCCUACCAUACACGUUAUUAAAUCAGUGAUCACUAGGGACGCGGCUUGCUGUGUACAUUGGCCAAAACUUAGAAUCGUAUGCAAAACCAGAGCGAAAUAGUCAUUUAAGUUUUAUUUUGCAUUUUCCACAGGAGAAAAACAGGCCUUUUUUGUGUAAGAUUAUGCUUAAUCUAAACCAUCACCUAUCCUACUGACUUCACUGAUUUGCAUAAUUUUUUAUUACUUUCUUCCUCAUUAGCUUUUCCUCCCAAAUUCAUCAGUUAUAAUUGCGCAAUGCAGAAAGAAAUCUAAGUCUUGUUAAUCACUAGAUAAUAAAAGUUUAACAGUAAUUAGAUUUGUCUGAAUUUGUUUAACUUUGCUGUUUUUUUAAACCAUGGGGAUCUGCCUUCCAAAUUCUUUAUUUAGUCUCCUCAUUAUUGAAGAAAAAGUCUAUUAGUGACACUUUGUUAGUAGUAAUUGUCUUGCAAAUCAAAUCUAGAUGCUGUUGAAGUCAGUGUGCAAAUAUUGAGGCAUGUCUUGCUCAUUGAAAUGAUAUCUUCUGUAAUCAAAAGCAUUCAUUGUAGGAUGUGGAUAUCCCAACUCAGCAUUUGUUUGUUUUUGUUUUUAGCCUAGGUUCCAAAUUUAAUUGUUCUGAUGGGGGUGGGGGGAAGAAGGCAUAUUCCCUGUUCCCAAUGCAUCUGAUGUGAUAUGAUUUUGGAUAGAUCUACAUUACAAAUUUGACUAUAAUGCAGUACUAUUAAAACAGUUAACUUUAUAAUUGCUAGAUGAUUUAAAUUGUUGAUAUAUGCUAUGGAAUGAUGUAUAAUUUUAUGUCAUUGGAUGUAGUGUGCCAAAAGAGAAGGUGGUAUUGGGUUAGGAGGCAAACAUAUUUGAACAAUAAUGGGAAUCUUCGUGUGGAAUUAUUCCUGGAGUGUUUCACUGCAUUUGGGUUCCAAGAAUAGAAAGAUUUCAUUUACUUGACACAGCAACUUACCCGUUCCUUGGCAUAAAACCUUUUUGAUAAAAGGAAGUUUGUUAAUUUUGGUUUAUUUUCCUUUUAAAUUUUACCUUGCUGGAGAUUUUUAAUAAAACAAACUGUUGAUGUUCUUGCUAUUUUUGGUGUGUGCGGUGUGUGUUGCUGUGUUUCGACGACGACUAGACUUUUAUUGUCUGGAAGUUACCUGGGGCAUCCUGAAGGUGUCAGCUAAGUGCAAGGCUGGAAAGAGUGUUAUACACAUGUUGUCCAAAUGUAUGCCAGAUGGAUUUUCUCCACAGUUUUUCAAGGAUUAGAUUUUCUUCAGCUAUUAUAAUAACCCCUAACUUGUGUGACCAGCUGACCUUACCUUUCCAGAGUUGUAUGAAAAAAAAUAGGCACUUGGAUCCCAAAACAAAAGUAGAAAGGAAAAGUAGUAUUGUUUUUGACAAAGCAACCAGCCGUGAUGUUCUUUGGGGGGUGGGGGGAGUGGUUAAUUGUACUGUUGUUACAAAUGUUUCUCAACCUUCAAUUGAAAAUAUAUUUUUUUCAGUUAUUCCAUCAGAUAAUGCCAAUAUUAUUUACAUCUGUAGGAUACUAUCAGAGUUAAUGGUGUGAUUAGUGAUGUUACCUGUAAUACCAAGAAGUCUUGAAGUGGAUGAAGCCAUCUGACUAUGUGUAAAAAGAUGAACACAUUAGAUUUGAUCUCAGCAUUGUAAGGCAGGAUUAACAUAUUACUCUUGUGGUUUAAGAUAUCAUGCCAUCUGUAUGAUACAAGUGUAACAUACCAUUCUUAACAUGGAAGAUGAUAGCAACUAACUGUAUGUGUUGAAAUUUAACUAAAUUUACAUAAAGUUUGUUCUGAAUUCUUAAAGUUGUUCUGUUAACAUUAUUUCAUCCUGAACACAGAAUCACAAACAAAACCACUGGGUAAUUUUCUGCAUUAGAGGGAAUCAAAAUUGAAGUUCAGAAUUGGGAAAUACCCGGAAAAGAUUUUACGUUACUGUGUGUGGGGAGGAGUGCAAGAAAGUAACGAGUUCCUGAUGAUGUGCAUAACAGUACACAAGAUUUGCCUAAGAAUCUCCAAAAACCUGAACUCGUGAUAUCAUCUCCUUGUGGAUACAAAAAAUAUACUAUGUUUAUUGCAGUUAUAUCCAUUCAUACAAGAUUUAAUUUGAAUAAAAAUUUGAGUUCUUGAUUUUAAAGGAAUCUUAUUCUGACUCAGCAUGUUAGAUGAAGUGCUUUAGAAGAACAUAAUCUUGUAUUCAGUAUAAUUAUGUUGCAGAAAAAUUGUAGAGUGCAAUUAUGUAGUGCCUGUAAAUAGGUUAUUAAAUGCAAUUAGAAGCUUGCUUUGGAUGUUAGUUAUUCUUGCUCUUUUUUUAAAAUUUGGAAAAUUUUUCAUGCAAACCUGAUGUGGGACAUCUAAAACUUUUCAACCAGUCUAUUAAUCUAGAAAAUUUGCAUUGAACAGCUUGAACUUGGUGGUGAAGUUAUAUACCAUAUUAGACCACAAAUAUUUUUGCAGUGUAGUAACAUCUAUAUUGUGACACCAGUGAAAAGCAAAAAAAAAAUUCCUUCUGUUGUCAUUAUUUCCAUAGAUGUUUACAAGGUAUAUAUUAUGGUUACAGCAGACUUCAAGGGAAAUUGUUCUGUUAUAGAAUUAAUAUCAUGACUGGGUGGAGAGAAACCAUUUAUUUGUUAUGCUAUUGCUUAAUAGUCAGUAUCUCGACCAGUGUAAAUGUAUAAUAUUUAUCCCUUCAAGCUUUGUCACUUUUUCAGUAAUUGUAAAAUUAACAACCCUAGAGAUGGAACAUAUUGAAGGAUUUUGUCAAAUAUGUGCAAGCUGUUACCAGAAUGUUUGUAGAAAUGGUUGAUUCUAUGUACAUAAUUGUAGAAGUUUUGAGCUUUUAUGCUCCUGUGGCAGUUGAGAGCAAGUUACAAUUAAACUAUGCUCAACUUAUUAAAAGACUUCUUAUUCUUA